AUGCUAAUCCACCCGGCCAUGUUCAGCUUCAGCUACCCUAACGGCGAACCGCAAACUCCAACAAGGACCCCUACCACUUCCGCUUUCGACUCCUUUACCACUCCCAAACUUGAAUCCAGUUUCUUUGACCCUCGGGUCACCUGGGAUACCGCCGACCCCUAUGCCUCCAGUCCCGAGUUUUUACGCUCCCCGCAAAAGUUCGCCCUCGGCACCCCCUCCAAUCCUUUCAAAUCAGACUCCCUCGAUCAACGUAUAGAGGACUUCAAGGAUGGCAGGAUUUUGGAACAGACUGAUACCGCGAGGCGGAUUCGACCGAUGAAGCCAUUGUCGGACAGGAGCGAGAAUGGCCCGCGGAUGGGGGAUUCGGCCAAGUCCGCGGCUUCCAUGCAGACACCACCACCCACCAGUGCAUCACGGCGGAAGAUCCCCGACUUUGAUCCGCUGGCCAGUGUGGGGAGAGGCGCCACCCCCAGGAUAGGAAAUCACCUGGAGACCCCCAGUCGACUACUGGGGGAGUCCCCUCGAAUGUUUGGCAAUCUGCAAUCCUCCCCGGAUUUCUUUCAACUGGCCUCGUUGGAUCCGACAGGCUCUCCCCUUUUUCCACAACAGCGACUGUUCUGGGACCAGGAACGGGAGCAAUCAACACACGAUAUCCCUCUACCAGCCUUGCCUAGCAACGUUGAACACCCACCAAAACCUGCACCCAAUGCCGCUAUAAAUCAUCACAUCCCACAACUGCCAACUAUCGAUGGCACCAUUGACUUACCAGAAUUCAGCGGGUUCCCAUUCUCAGCUCAGCCUACGGAUGCAGCAUUGUUCCCUGCUCCCUUCUCAACAUCUCCUCGUCGUCCUGUGACCAAGGUGGAGGACCCAGCUAUGUUCUUGAGCUCACCUGCGCGCCGAUUUGGUGCCUCUCAGAUCACCCCCAACCAAAAGCCCCUGCGAGGACUACGGCAACCCUAUCACCACCAAAUCGAGGAAUCAAAACGGGAAGAGCUCCUACGGACACAUAGUCAAGACCCUCACACCCUCGGAUCCUUGUCGAGUGCAUCAGAUGAUGAUGACUAUACACCGAGGGUACGACCCGGGUUGACUAGAAGCGUCACGCAUACUGCGCUGACAAGCUCGUCGCAUCGCCCGCUCAGUCAAGCAGGAAUGUCGUCCGCAAACGGGAUUCGUAAAAGCCCUUCGAAAGGACGAGUAUCUCCAGUAAAGGGGAUGCGUCCUGCCCCUCUGGCACGCUCGGCCUCGAUCGCUACAUUUCCCACCCGCGCUCAAUCUGUCAUCCUUCGCAUUGGACGAGAUGGCCGGGCAAAGGCGGAGAUGCAGCCAGUCGACAAUGGCCCUUCAGGGCUGACCGAUCCACUGACGGGUAUGGAUCUUGAUGGUUCUGCCACCGAGAGUGAAGUUGACCCUGCUGAGUACUCGGAAUAUCCUGUAUUGCCUCGCUCUCAAACGUCCUUCUCUCUGUUGGAUAACCAUUGCGCCAAUCUGGCCCAAAGUGAUUCUGGAUCCCGACCCCCAUCCAAAGGAUCCUAUGCCUCUAUUGGCUCCUCUCACUCUGGGCGUAUGUCGCCUUGGUCUGGAUCCACUCGGAAUGUCUCUGGUCGAUCUACCUACCGUGGGUCUCCGGAGGCUAUCAAGCGAACCCCCAAGCGGCAUUCUUCAUUGCUUCAUUCCGAUGCAUCGUAUACGCGGGGUAGCGUUGUAUCGGAGUCCUUGCCGGGGGAUGAAGAUGAUAACGGUGAUGCGCAGGCUGCGCUCCGACAGGUCUUGAAGGAACGUGGCCGUCCAAGGCCCUCUACCGGUGGUUACGGAGCUCGUCUCGCACGAUCAUCACAUUCAUUCGCUCAUCUCCAAUCAUCUCCCCCUCGCAUGCAUAAUGAUUUUGAUAUUCAAUCGCGACAUUCCAAUGGCUCGUCUACUACGGUUACAGACCCUGACCUAGCCACUCCCCACACAGAGCGGCAUGGCAAUCAUAGCAAUCCUAGCAAUGCUACGCGCUGUAUAUGUAAUUCCAUGGAUAACGGCGGGCAUCUCAUGAUUCAAUGUGAAUCAUGUACCCACUGGCUCCACACCAAAUGCGUCGGGUUGGAACGAGCCAACCUCCCCUCUUUUUACGUGUGCAUGUUCUGUGACCAAACCCCAUCCCGACAAAACCGUGUUCGAUCGGGCUACGGGCCCGGUGGCGGUCCCCCCUCACCUUUAGCGCACAAGUCAUUUCAGUUCCGGCAAAGCUCCCGUUGA